CAUUUAUUAAAUCAUCAAAAGUGCAACAUCAUUACAAAUAGCCUCAUGAAGCUCUGGAGGGUAUUCCUCUAGCCACACUCGGUCCUCAUUAAAACUAUUACUCAACAAAGCUAAGCUAUGAGUAGCGUCGUUCCCUAAUCUCUUGACAAAAGAGAAAAAGCAAGAAAGACACUCUCUAGACAUACAUAAGAUAUCCUUCACGACAUUCCCAAAGGCAUUAGGAGGCGCAUUAAACUAUUCCAUCACAUGAAGAAAGGAAAUUUCAACUUGCUACUCGUAGAACUCAAUAUUUUAAAAUUACUUAACCUUACCCGAUUUCAGCAAACCCGACCUGAGUAUGCAAAUUGUGACCUCUAUGGGCACUACGGAAUACCCCGUAACAAUUACGAAUAACAAACCAACUGUGGUUGCUUCAUCUACAUUCUCUCCUGCAAAGGGGACAUGAAGAAAUGAGAGCCUUCUCAAAUUUAGCUUCUAGGGCUUCUCCUGCGCUUAGAAACCUUACUCAAAAUCCCCCAAAUCAAUUGAAAACCUUCCAAAAACAAAACCCUUCAACUGUUACUUCAAAAUCCCAGCAAUUUGAAGCUCAAAAUUUGGGAGGUAAGUCUUCGCUCAAUCCUCGUUUUAACAAUUCUAGCUUUAGGUAUACUUCUGAACACAAAUUUCCCCCAAAUUCAAUUGAUCAUAAAACCCUAACUCAGAUUUUAUUGAGAAAAGAUUGGCAUUUGUUGCUAAACCAUGAAUUAAAGGCUGGGAGGGUGGUUUUAAUUCCACAAUCUGUGGUUAGUAUUUUGCACAAUCAUGAAAACCCAUUAAUUUCAAUUAGGUUUUAUAUAUGGGUUUUGAAUAUUAAUCCAUUAUUCCAAAAGAAUCAGCGAAUUCGCGGUGUUUUGGCUAAUAAUCUAUAUAGAAAAGGUCCGGUUUUGUUGAAUGCUGAGUUAGUUGAGGAUAUUAGGAGUUCUGGGUAUCAGAUUACUGAGGAUUUUGUGUGUAUUUUGAUUGGAAGUUGGGGUAGAUUAGGUUUAGCUAAGUAUUGUGUUGAGAUUUUUGGACAAAUUUCAUUUUUGGGUCUUAGUCCUACUACUAGGUUAUAUAAUGCUGUGCUUGAUGCUUUGAUAAAGUCGAAUUCGCUUGACUUGGCGUACUUUAAGUUUCAGCAGAUGACUGCUGAUUAUUGUAAACCGGAUAGGUUCACCUAUAAUAUCCUUAUUCAUGGGGUUUGCAAGGCCGGAGUUGUCGAUGAAGCUCUUCGGUUGGUUAAGCAGAUGACGAAUUUGGGUUAUGCACCUAAUGUGUUUACAUAUACCAUAUUAAUUGAUGGAUACUGUAAUGCUAAUAGGGUAAGUGAUGCCUUAAGGGUUCUGGAGACAAUGAGGGUUAGGAAAGUGCCUCCAAGUGAUGCUACAUAUAGGUCAUUGGUGCAUGGAGUGUUCUGUUGUCUUGGAAAAAACGAGGCAUUUAAUCUGUUAUCUGGAUUUGUUGAGCGAGAACCAAUUUUGCCUAAAGUACUUUGUGAUACUAUAUUGCACUGCCUCUCGAAUGACUCUAUGGCCAGAGAGGCAGCUUCAUUUUUGAGAAAAUGCAGGGAAAGAGGCUAUCUGCCUGAUACCUCUGUUUUUAACAUCACAAUGACUUGUUUGAUAAAGAAACUGAAUGUUGAGGAGACUUGUGAAAUAGUGGAUAGUUAUAUGGAAUUAGGUUUAAAUCUAUCUUUUCAAACUUAUCUUAUCCUAAUUGAAACUUUGUUCAAAGGGGGAAAAGAGAGAGAAGGAAGUCAGUAUUUGAUGCAGAUGUUUCAAGCUGGAUUACUAUCCAAUGUGAACUCGUACAAUAUGGUAAUUGAUUGCUUGCUGAAAGCUAGGAUGGCUGAAGAGGCACUAAAUAUGUUCUUAGGGAUGCAACAAGGAGGCAUUAUACCAAACCUUACUACUUUCAAUACAUUAAUUGAUGGGUGUUUUAAAACUGGAAAAACAGACAGGGCUUGUGAACUCUUGUUGACCCUCUUACAGCAUGGAUUUAAACCAGAUAUUUUCACUUUUAGUACAGUAAUUGAUGGUCUCUGUCGGGUGAACAAGAUUAAAGAUGCAUUUGAUUGUUUUGCGGAAAUGAAGGAGUGGGGGGUUAAUCCUAAUUCCGUGACAUACAACAUAUUGAUUCGCUCUUUAUGCAUUGUUGGGGAUAUUUCUCGUUCCAUUGCAUUGUUUAAAAAGAUGCAAGCUGAUGGAAUAAGCCCAGAUGCUUACUCAUUCAAUGCUUUGAUUCAAAGCUUUUGCAAAAUGAAUAAGAUUGAAAAGGCAAAAAAUUUGUUUGUUUCCAUGCUUGCUUUAGGGCUGGCUCCAGACAAUGUCACUUAUAGUGCGCUAACUAAAUCUAUGUGUGAUACUGGUAAAUCUCAUGAGGUGUUGGACAUUUUAAUGUCAAUGGAAGCUAAUGGAUGUGUUCUAGAUUCUUGUACCUGUAAUUUACUUGUUGAUACCCUUGUAAAAUUGGGUCAGUUCAAAGAAGCCCAGGAAGUUGUCAGUAAAUGCAACCAGUGGGGUGUAUCAAUGAAGUCUGUCUCAAUUUUGUGAACCUUGAGCUGAAGUUCUGUUCUGGGCCUUCUAGCAUUUGAGCUGCCUCAAAGGAGGUUUAUUCCCAAAGCAUAUGCUGUGUGUUCCCCAUUUACUGCUUACUUGGCUGCAUCAGAGAUGGCUAUUAUGCAACAAUAAAGACUGCUUGGUCUAGGAGCUAUACACUGUGGAGCACCUAUGGCUUCAGAGAUUGAGAGGUGUGGCCGUGUGAGAAGGACUAUUGUCCCCCUCGGAGGAAGUGACAGUUGUGGGAGAAGUAUAACAGGUGAAGGUCUAUAGUGCUCAAGUUACUAAAAUGCUCCUGAAAGGGACACAGCUUAAUGGAAGUGUUUUAAUUUAAGGAUGCAUUGUGAGGCACAUCUUUCUCUGGAAUGGAUGACCUUAGAGAUGCAGCAUGCAGUCCAAGCAGAUGCACAUGGAAAACCAUGAAAAAUUCACUUUCCGCUGCAGACACGGUCACACAACACCAAUAGAGAAUGGAGGCAAGACUGCAAGAGUGACUUGUCCUAUGCUGUGCUGCUGGAGAAGAUGAUUACGAACCACAAAUUGGAUCUCUAGGUGGGAAUCCUGGCGAGGGUGCAGAAGGCCAUGGUCAUGAAGGGUAUGAUGAGGGUCGCGGUCAUGAAGGGGGUGAUGAAGACCAUGGGUCGAG